GGCAUAUUUAUUGUCUGUCUGGACAAAGCUCACAGAUCAGGUCCAGGAAGUUCACGGACAGGGAACACCCCAAGUACCAGCUGAAGAAUGUCUCCCAAGAAAGCAAAGAAGAGGGCAGAAGGAGCCAACUCCAAUGUAUUCUCCAUGUUUGAGCAGACCCAGAUUCAGGAAUUUAAGGAGGCAUUUACCAUCAUGGAUCAGAAUCGAGAUGGGUUCAUUGAUAAAGAAGAUCUCAGAGAUACCUUUGCAGCUUUAGGUCGUCUGAAUGUAAAGAAUGAAGAACUAGAAGAAAUGUUAAAAGAAGCUCCGGGGGCAAUAAAUUUUACUGUGUUCUUAACAAUGUUUGGAGAGAAGCUGAAAGGAGCAGAUCCAGAAGAAACAAUUCUAAGUGCUUUCAAGGUGUUUGACCCUGAAGGUAGUGGCCUUCUCAAAUCAGACUACAUAAGAGAUAUGCUUAUGACUCAGGCUGAGAGGUUCUCCAGUGAAGAGGUUGACCAGAUGUUCACAGCUUUCCCUCCUGAUGUGACUGGAAACCUAAACUACAAAAACCUUGUGCAUAUCAUCACCCAUGGUGAAGAGAAAGAAGAAUAAACAUUAAUCUUGACUUUUGCUUAACAUCCUGCUGAUAUUUUUGUCUUUUAUUUAUUACUCUGAUAAACCAAUUGACACAGGACAACAUGAACAAUCCAUAGCAUUUUAUAACAUUGCAGGCCUAUGCUAUUAUCUAAGGAGCAUCCUAUCAUCCUGACAAUACAUACUUCAAAAAAUCAAUACAAAGUGAACCUCUGUGUAACAUGAAAAUAAAUUGUAUUUCUA